AUGGGCGGCAGGGACGAGCGGCAGCAGCAGCAGGAGGCUGGGCCGUACCCGACCUCCACCACUGCGAGUGGAGGCUAUGGGGCGGAGCCAGGCCAGCAGCAGGAGAAGAAGGGGAUGAUAGAAGAACAAGGAGAAGCUCCCCGAAAAUCAUUAGAUUAUUGUAUCCUAGGAUGUGCCUCAAAGGAAUAUGUCAGCAACAAUUUCCUCUUCACAGAAACUCCUCUCUAUGCAGUGUUUGUGAAUGGAAAGUUCUGCAAGAACCCCGUUCUUACCACGGCGAACGACUUCCUCUUUUCUGGCCUCCAAGUUCCUAGAAGCACGGCCAAUCCAGUGGGCUCCACAGUCAUCACAGUGUUCGUGGGCCAGCUACCAGGACUCAACACUCUCGGCAUUUCCAUGGUUCGUAUUGACUUUGGAAUAGGUGGUUUAAAUCCUCCGCACAUUCACCCUCGUGGCUCCGAGAUUUUGCUCGUCCUGGAGGGCACCCUCUGUGUAGGCUUUGUCACGUCCAACCAACUGAACCAUACUUUCUUUGAGAAAGUCCUCCACCCCGGAGAUGUUUUUGUUUUCCCGUUCGGGAUGAUUCACUUCCAGCUCAAUGUUGGAAAGACCAAUGCAGUCGCGAUCGCUGGUCUUAGCAGCCAAAACCCAGGAGUCACCACGGUUGCUAAUGACCUGUUCAAUGCGAAACCUCCUAUUUCCCCUGAGGUACUAGCCAAGGGGUUCCAGGUGGAUGAGAAGCUUGUUGAGACACUUCAGAAGAAGUUCUGGUACGACAAUUAGCCUGAGAGAUGCAUCUGACAAUGGCGUCAUCUCUGUGCACUUGAUUAAAAGAACUUUUAGUCGUCUGAUGAAGUUCCCAGUUCAAGCAUGAAGAAAGUUCCCUUGUGUAACAUCUUAUAUCGAUUUCAGUAUAAUAAGACCAUUUGCUUUCUGCA